GUGAUCAUCUCGAACAUCCACAAUCUUUGAGGCGCCACGACGACAGGAUUACAUCCGGGUUACUGUCGUGACCUUGGUUGGUUGUUCAUCAUGGCGGCCGUCAUCAGGUUGAGUUCUGUGUGCCGCAGAGGAAUUAAACCUCUGUUCUACCAAAGCACGUUGCUGGUCAGGCCGCUGGCUGUGCCCCACAAACACCAGGAGCAGCCCUACCUGCUGACAGCGAGGAUUCAUUCGUCACAGAAUCUGCAGGCGAGCUCCAACUCCAAAGCGGCCUCUCUGCACUGGACGGCAGAGCGAAUGCUGAGCGUGCUGCUGCUGGCCAUGGGCCCUGUCGCUUAUUUCAACCCUGGUCCUGUCAUCGAUUACUCUCUGGCUGCUGCCUUGACCCUUCACGGACACUGGGGUCUCGGGCAGGUGUUGACAGACUACGUUCACGGGGACACAAAGAUCAAGAUGGCCAACGCAGCUCUCUUCCUCCUGUCCACGAUCACCUUCACUGGUCUUUGUUACUUCAACUACAACGACGUGGGCAUAUGCAAAGCUGUCGCCCUGCUCUGGAGCAAGUGAAUAUGACUGUGGGCCGGGACGCUCAGGAAGACCGAAACGCUGGUCCUGGCUGCGUGUUUAACAAAAGAAAUCAGUGUGUUCUCUGUAAAUAUCAUUUUGACAAUAUUUCAUUGAUUCAAAAGUGUUUGUGUUCAUUGAUUCAAGCUUUGUCUUUGUUUUCAUUGAUUGGGCUGUUCCUGAGUAACUGUGGGCUAAAUUUAAGCUACAAACACGUUUUAACAACACAGCCAUGACUUGAUCAAGUCUUAUAGAAUACAGCUGUCUAAGCUCUCGUUCAUUCUUUGUCGUUUGUGUCCUUUGUGUGGCUGAUCUCUUAAACAUGUUUACUUCCAGUGUGUGCAUGCUGCCUUUUCUCUUACACCCAUCAUCAGCAGCAGCACACUAACCCCUGUUUGGAAAAACCAUUUCCAUGCCCCACUUCCUGUUUUAGUCUCAUUGUGACCAGGAUGUCCCUGCAAUGCUGCGGCUAUACAGAGAGCAGUGGCCUCUGCUGUAGGAACAGACAGCUUAUAUGAUCUCAUACCCUUAUAUAAAGGUUUAUUAAUGCUCUGCUUGAAGGUUUAAUAAAGGUCAGACCGGCUAAAUCUUAAAUUCAACCAAACCAGUGAUGCUAACCCUGCCUGUGCAUGUCCAGCUGACUGGGUGUGAAAUUAUGAGCUCCAAACUUCCAUCAUGUUCCUGCCUCGGAGGUAUUUUAACCUUUGAGGCAGGAACAGGACACGACUGCGUCUCUAUGGGGUCAUGUUAUACUUUGUAUGUGAAUCAGUUUCUGCUGCAAUCUGCACAUUUCAAAGAAACAAAAAUGCUUUAAAAUAAAUCAUGUUUAUUUUGAUCAA